AUGUACAUCCGCCCAGUCCACGCAGAAACACACACCCCGGCCCUGCACGCCUUCAUCAGGGACCACCCGCUCGGGAUCCUCAUCACGGCCCUCCCCGACGCCGGCAUCCAGCUCACGCACAUCCCAUGGGUGCUGCAGGACACGUCCGAGACGGAGCUCGGGGUGCUGCGCGGGCACAUGGCGCGGUCCAACCCGCAGGCCAAGACGCUCUCGGCGGCGGCGGGCACAUCGGGCAGCGUGGUCGAGUCCGAGGCGACGGUGCUCUUCGACGGGCCCCCGGGCCACUACGUCACGGCGAGCUUCUACACGGCCACCAAGCCGGCGACCGGCAAGGUGGUGCCGACGUGGAACUACAGCGCCGUCAGGGGCUACGGCAAGGUGCGCGUGUUUUUCGACCACGCCGGGCCGCAGACCGCCGACUUUUUGCAGGCGCAGGUCGAGGCGCUCACGGGCCACUGCGAGGGUCACGUCAUGGGCUACGAGGACCAGAGGCAGUGGCGGGUCGGGGACGCGCCCGAUCGGUACGUUGACGUGAUGAAGAAGAGCAUUGUCGGGGUGGAGGUGGUGCUGGAGAGGCUGGAGGGCAAGGUCAAGAUGAGUCAGGAGAUGGGGCUCGGGGACCGAAAGGGGGUGGUUGAGGGGUUCAGGGCGUUGGGGACCGAGGUAGGGAAGGGGGUUGCGGAUCUGGUCGAAGUUAAGAGCUUGGAGAGGGAGCGUGCGAGCGAGAAGGGGAAGGUGGAUGAGGAGUAA